GGAUGUGAGUGGCAGAGAACCUCCACACAGGUGAGUUAAGGGCAUCAUGGCUUCCACCUCAGUGCUCCUGCUUCAGCUGCUCCUGGUCUCUCAGGCGUCUGCAUCUCACUUCUUUGGGGGAACCACGACCUACUACUACAAAGGCAAAAACCCAGAUGGAACAUUUAAGGUGGACCUUCGCUACAGGGACACCUUUGAUGGGUGCUAUCACUCUCUCUACUGGAGUUGUUCCCAAGGCAAUUGUGGUUAUGUCCAAAGAAGUGUGAGGGGUGAGAUUGAAAGCAGCACCAAUGCACCACUAUUCAACAGUCAAUGGUGUGAAACUGAAACCGUCAGCAGGACAAUCCUCCAGAGUAACAAACCUUUUCAACUCACGGCUGCCAGCUGCUGUUGGAUCCCAAAGCGUACCGGGGAUGAUGCUCAAUGGAAUCUACUGACUACGGUGGAUUUGGGGAUCAGAUCUGACACAAAAGAACCAAACAGAUCACCAGCCGUUGCUAUCCUCCCUUUCCUACGAGUUCCCCAGAACUGUCCCCGCACAUACAAGCUAAUGUCCUUCGAUCCUGAUGGAGACAAAGUUCGAUGCAGAUAUGGAAAUAUCAACACUGGAGAGUGUUCCCUGUGUGACCAACCUUCAGGCUUUCACUUAGAUCAGGACACCUGCACAUUACAUUACCACUCGUCUAGGGCUGACUCCAGAGUUUAUGGAUUUGAGUUGGUGGUGGAGGACUUUCCGGUAGGCUCCAUCAAUCUGACCUACUCCGAUGGAUCCCAAUCCUCCAGGGCCCCACUGCUUGUGAGGCGUAGGAGAUCGGUUUUCCCACCAACAUCUGCAGUAUACAAUUCGUGGUAUAAUUAUCAAACCACCGCACGACCAAUAACAUACCCAUGGUGGUAUAAUCCUCCACCCACUACAGCAAGAACAACCACCCCACCAACAACACCAUACCCCUGGUGGUAUCAUCUUACACCCACUGCACGACCAAUAACAUACCCAUGGUGGUAUAAUCCUCCACCCACUACAGCAAGAACAACCACCCCACCAACAACAACAACAUACCCCUGGUGGCAUCAUCAUACAACCACUGCACCCCCAACAACCCCCCCAUCAACAACAACACCAUACCCCUGGUGGUAUCAUCAUACACCCACUGCACGACCAAUAACAUACCCAUGGUGGUAUAAUCCUCCACCCACUACAGCAAGAACAACCACCCCACCAACAACAACAACAUACCCCUGGUGGCAUCAUCAUACAACCACAGCACCAAGAACAACCCCCCCACCAACAACAACAACACCCUACCCCUGGUGGCAUCAUCAUACAACCACUGCACCCCCAACAACCCCCCCACCAACAACAACAACACCCUACCCCUGGUGGCAUCAUCAUACAACCACCGCACCCCGAACAACCAUUCCACCCUACCUUACCACCAGGACGCACCAGCAUGCCACCACUCCUCCACUCAGUAAACUACCUUUGCAAUUCUCCUUCCUUGUGGACCCACCUGUUCCCUCAUGUGCCGAGGGAGUCUACCUGCCGAGGUUUGUGGAGCCAACACCUGAAAAUGGAGCCCACAUCCAGGCAGAGGUCAACAGAGAAGUGGAGAUCAGAGUGAAAGCAGUAGCGGCGUAUUCAAAAAUACAUGAUAUAAUCAUAAGUGGCCCAGUGAACAUCACCACGCAAAGGAACACAGAUGGAGACUUUGUCAUUAGGUGGACGCCGAUCCAAGACGACCUGGGGGAUUUCUUCUCCAUCUGCUUUGCUGUUGAAUCAGUGGCCGGGUCCCAUGGUAACACACCGCAUUACUACACCACCCCGUCCUCACAGGCGGGAGUCUAUCAGACCGAGAUGAGGUGUGUUGUGGUGGAGGUCAAGACGAAGCACGUUAAAAGCAAUGUGAUCUGCACCGGGACCACAAUGACAAUAGAGCUUGAGAAAGCUUCUCUCCCCGGACACCAUGCGGACCAUCUGAGGCUCAACGACGCCACCAACACCGCCUGCCGCCUGAAGUCCAACAACACCCACAUCUUUGCCGUCAUCCCCCUCAACGAUUGUGGGACCGACAUCGAGGAAGACGACAUUAACCUCAGGUUCAAGAACGCAAUCACCACGUUUGACAACGUGGCCGACGUGAUCACCAGGAAGCACCUGCUGGAGGUGGACUUCUACUGCCAGUACCCCAAACGUGGGAAUGUGACGCAGGUCUUCACGGCACACAGGCCCAAGGUCGAAGUUUGGGACAAGGGCUUUGGCACGUUCACCUACCAGUUUGAGUUCUAUCCCAACAACCAAUACCUCACCGCCAUCGAUCCCAGCACAUACCCGCUGGUGUAUGUUCUUGGGAGCAGGAUCUUCAUGCAGAUCGAGGCCACCUCCUCCAUCAAUAACACCGUGCUGUUCGUGGAGUCCUGCAGAGCUACGCCAUAUGACAACCAGAACUACCAGCAAACCUACUCCAUCAUCGAGAACGGGUGUAACGUGGAUCAGACUGUUGAAAUACACUCCACCUCCCACCAGAGACAAUUCCAGUUCAGCAUGGAGGCCUUCAAGUUCAUCGGCUCGCACGAUCAGGUGUACAUCAGCUGCACGGUCCUGAUGUGUGAAGCAGGAAGCCCCAACACCAGGUGCUCUCAGGGAUGCGUCAACUCCACAAUGCAGAGCGGUUGGCCUGCGGCUCACCACCACAGGAAGAGAGAGCUCAUCGCUCAAGGUCAAAGGCACUUUGUUUCCCAGGGUCCCUUGCGCCUGGGGAGAUCAGCGGAGGACAACAAAAGCCCAGCGCUCCAGCUGAAUCUGAACCUGGUCUUCAUCGCCGGAUGUCUCCUUGCAGCCGUUGGCAUGAUCAGUGCAGUGGCCUUGUACAAGGCCAGAGGGUCAAGGGUCAGAUACCAACCUUUGUCCACGUUUGAAAGUUAAGUCAACAGGCGGAAUUCCAAAUUCUGUACGACCUUCAUUCGACGAUGUAAAGCUUUGCCACCAGUGGGGUGCUGGUGUUUCUUUUGUUUCAGCUCCAUAUGUUAACGCCUCUAUACCACCAGUGGACUGCUGGUGUUUCUUAUGUUUCAGCUUCAUAUGUUAACACCUCUAUACCACCAGUGGACUGCUGGUGUUUCUUAUGUUUCAGCUUCAUAUGUUAACACCUCUAUACCUGUCUGCAGCUUCAACGGUAGAAAUACUGAAUCUGAGAAGAGUUUGGGGUACUUCUGUGUCUUUUUAAGGGGAUUUUGUUCUUUUUUGCCAUUUUGUGUCCCAUUGAGGUGGUUUUGCUCCCUUUAAUAGUUGAUCACUCUCUUUGAGUCUCUACAUGUUUGACCCAUUCAGUAAGAUGGCAUGAUUUAAUCAAUAGGUGCCACCCUAUCCAGUCAUUGUCAUGUCAAAGGUUAUCAUUACAUGUCAAAGGCUCUUUUAGUACUGGAACGUGUAAUUUAUGAAACACUUGAUGGAUCAAUAAAAGCCUAUUUUUUCCCGCA